UUUCACUACUCCAUCAUCAGAGAUCAGCUCCCUCUCCCUCUCCUUAUGCAUAUUUGUUUCUUUUUUAAGUCAAUGUUUAAGCCUUAAGUUCUUAGAUAGAUUUUUAUAAACAUAAUGAUAAUUGUUUUAAACAAUCUAGACAAUGUUUCACUCCAGUUAAUUAUAUACAUUAUCUUAUAUAUAUAUUUAUUCAUCUUACCAUUUUAAGAGGGACGUACGUCAUUUACAAGCUAGAUCUUCUUUAUAUGUAUUUCUGCAAAUGGUCUUCUUCCUUCACUCUAGAUCUGUAUGUUCCCUGUCUUGAAAUGGUUUUAUUUUCCUUUUUAAUUUCCCAAAAUGAAAAACAAGUGGGUAUUGAUGCAAAUUUUCAGGUAAGCAACGCAGUACAACACCAUGUCUGGAGAUUCAAAUGCGUUUGGAAUGACCCAAAGGGAAGGGACUAAGUGGGAUGAUGGAUGCGACCACGAUGAUGUGACAAAGAUAUAUGUGGUAGGUGGUAAAUACUACAUACAGUUCAUCAAGAUUGACUAUGUAAAGUCUGGGCAACCGAAAAAUGGAUCAUUCCAUGGAGACUCGAAUGGAGGUUACAUGCUGAUGUUUGAGAUUAACAAUCUUAAAAAUGAAUAUCUUGAAUCCGUUGAGGGUUACUGCAACCCCGGUCGGUGCAUUAAUGCAAUUCAAUUCAAAACCAACUUCAGGGUCUCUGAUAUGAUGGGAUAUACUACCGGAGAUAAAUUUAAACUGGCAAGCCAUCGAAAGAAAAUUAUUGGGUUUCAGGGAUCUGCUGACAAUGCACUUAAGGAUCUUGAUGCAUAUUUCACUUCGAUAACUCCUACAAGAAUGGAAGCGCAAGGGGGCAAGGGAGGGAAAGAGUGGGAUGAUGGAGCUGACAAUGACAGUGUAACAAAGAUUCAAGUACGUAUUAAUACUAAAGGCAUACAAUACAUCAAAUUAAAUUAUGUCGACAAGGAUGGACAUCCGGGAAAAGAGCAAAUCCAUGGUUCUGAGACGGGUCCAGGUAACAAGCUAGAACCGUUUGAGAUAAACCAUAUCGACAAGGAAUAUCUGCUAUCUAUUGACGGUUACUACGACGAAGUUUCUGGUGUGAUUAAAGCACUUCAAUUCAAAACCAACAUAAAGACUUCAGAAGUAAUGGGAGACGUUGAAAAGGGUACAAAGUUCACACUUGAAUGCACCGGCCAUGAGAUCAUUGGGUUUCAUGGAUUUGCUCAGGAUAACCUAAACUCUCUUGGAGCUUAUAUCACAAAUCUUCCUCUAACUAAAUUAGAAUACAAAGGUUGUGGGGGUAACAUAUGGGAUGAUGGUACUUUCCAGGGUGUGAAAAAGGUGUGCGUUUAUUUUAAUGAUUUGAUUAGGUGUAUCGAGUUCGAAUACAUUAAUGGCGGAAAAGAGGAAACCCGUGUGCACGGGAUGAAGAUUUUCAUGGACGAUGUUUCAAAAAAAGAGUUUGUAUUGGAUUAUCCAAAUGAGUAUCUCACGGCUGUGGAGGGGACUUAUAUAAAUCCCUAUGGCUACACGAAGAUAACGUCAUUGACUUUUAAAACAUCAAGAAAUAGAACCUCUUUAAGAAUGGGAAAUGCCUCUAACAGCAGUUUCUUGCUCGAGAGCAAAGGUUGUGCUCUUGUUGGGUUCCAUGGACUGUCUACGACAGAUCAUCUUUAUGCUCUCGGAGCAUAUUCUUUUCCGAUGACUCCUCUUCCUGGAGUGAAGAAACUAGAUACACAAGCUGGUGAUGGAGGAGUUCCUCAAGAUGAUUGUGGUUCCCAUGGUGUUUGAUCUUCU